AGCGAUAAAAGGCCACGACGGUCAAACUCUGUGUCAAUUCAGUGGUGAUAUUUGUUGCGACAUGUUCAAGUUGCUGGUUGUGUUGUCUGCGUGUCUGUGCGUCGGUUAUGCUGCUGUCGGCAUCGGCCCUUUGCAGCCGAAACCAGAGGAAUUCAAAGAUCAAGAAGGAUGUUACAUAGAUGAUCUGAAAGCGGUCAUCCCAUUCGGUCAGGCAAGGCCAUCCAAGACUCCGGGUAAUUGUAUGGAGUACAGAUGUAGCACGACGAAGAUCACAUAUGUGACAUGUGGUGCAGUGGUGGCGACGCCCCCCUGUAAAGUAGUAACGGACAAAAAGAAGCCCUAUCCAGCCUGUUGUCCUCGACUUGCUUGUCCUUAAGCCUCGUUAAGUCUCCAUUUACAUGUCAAUCUGAACUGUGUAUAAACUUUAACUUACAGCUAACGUUAGCUUUAUUUAUACAACCCAUUUUUUAAAUGCGACUGAAUAUAAUAUGUAAACAUGUGUGGUCAUUACUGUUGUGAAUAUAAUAAAUG